AUGCCCCGCAGACACCGUGGCUUUGGGAAAGCUCAUGGCAAGAGCUCCAGCCACCGAGGGGGCCAGUACGUGUUUAGACGCAGAAGAGCCCGUCCUUCGAGGACACCACCAGCAGCUGACCCUCCUCGGGCUCCUUCUCUGUCCUCACUCUAUGAGGAUGAAGAGGAGGAAGACAACAACGAAGCUCCAGCUCUUGUUGCACCAGAGCCUGAACAUCCAAAAUCAGUGGCCAUAAAGCAAGUUUAUCUCCACAAGCAGUGCAGAAAGGAACAAAUUGUUGAUGAGCUCAUGAUCAUGAGGGACAAUAAACAUCCAAAUCUGGUCAACUAUUUGGACAGCUACCUGCUUGGAGAUAAACUACUGAUAGUUAUGGAAUACGUAGACGGAGGCCCCUUAAGUGAUCUGGUUAAGGAAAUACAUCUGGAGGAAGGACUGAUGGCAGCUGUCUCCCGGGAGUGCCUGCAAGCACUAGCGUUCCUCCACUGCCACCAGGUGAUCCACAGGGAUGUCAAAGGCGACAACCUUCUCCUGGGAAUGGAUGGAUCCGUCAAGUUGGCUGACUUUGGUCUCGCUGCUCGCGUCACACCUGAGCAGAGCAAGCGAAGCUCUCUCGUUGGGACACCUCACUGGAUGGCACCCGAAUACGUCACGAGAGACGAAUACGGAUCCAAAGUGGACAUCUGGGCACUGGGCAUCGUGGUGAUAGAAAUGCUAGAAGGAGAGCCUCCUUAUUUUUGGGAAAAUCCUCACAGGGCCCUGCGUCUCAUCGCCUCCGAGGGGAUACCGGAGCUGCCAAACCAGCAGGAACUGUCCCCUGCCCUGCAGGACUUUCUGAGCUGCUGCUUGCAGACAGACGAGGACAGUCGAGGCUCUGCUGAGGAACUUCUGCAGCAUCCAUUUGUACUCUCAGCCAAGCCCCUCUCCGGCCUGACAGCUGCGAUCAAUGAAGCAAAGCAGCUGAGGGAGGACAGGAGAUGUCAUGGCUCUGGGAUGCCUUCCCCCAAUUCCAGCGACGGGUGGCACUCAGAUGAAACCUGA